UGAUUUUCAAAAUAGUUGUCAACUGAGCUUUGCCUCUCACUUUCACCACCAAGAUCAAAUGGCUUUGUUUAUAUUUCCCUUUCACUUAUCUUUGACAGUUACUGCGUCUCUGCCAUGCCGACAAACAGAGCGACAACGGCGGCGACGUUGGCGUUGGUUAGAUUUUUAUUUUCACUUUAGUGCGUUUGGCUGCGACCAUAGUAGAAAAAAAUAAAUUUUUUGCAGAAAUAAAACGGAUUCAGCAUCAGCAAAAUCGUUGUAGAUUUUAGUAAUUGUAGGGCGAAGAUUUUAGCAGUGAAUUAAGUAGGCUGUAAUUGGAAAAUGACCGUGAAUUGAAGAAACUAAGCGAGCUGGUCUCGAUUAGGCUGACUAGCCAAAGACUGGUCAGGAGGAGAACGAGCAAGUGAAGGCGAAAUUGUAAGUCUGUAUUCGGUGGUCAUAUCGUUGGUAGAGGUGAUUGUGGUGGUUUCAAUAAGAAGCUAAUCAGUUGUAAGCGAUGGAAGCUGAUUUCAAUGCUUUUGCUGAAUCACUAUCAGCUUCCUCCGAAGAAGAUGAUGAUUUUUCUACGGCUGAAAAUAGUUCAGAUGAUUCCGAUGACGCUAGCAGCAGCGCACAGCAGCAACAAAUGAACAAACAGCUCUGCAGCACGAGAAACGCGAUGAACAUAAAUAAUCCUACAAACUUGGUGCAUAAAAUAUACAAUAGGGAGCGUACUGAUAAUUUUUCGGGUAGAACGCGGUCAGACCAUGCACAACAACGUGCUUAUGAGCAAGUGCCAAAUAGAUUAAGAUUUUGCCUCAAGGAUAUUGUGCCGAAAUGCUUCCUACAAGGUCACAUGUUUAUGGGGCUUAGCGCCUGUGGCCAAUUCCUCCUAAGCUAUAAAGUGUGCUGCAAUGACAACAUGAUGACCAACCACUACUCAUUUGGUUAUGGCUAUAAAUAUACCUUGUACUUUUGGGUCUACCAACCUCACAAACCACUACGCAGCUUCUUCAAGUGCUGCCUUUUUGACGAUCAUGGUGUUGACAAUCUAAAGAAAGUGACGAUGACUCAAUGGAAGCGUACCGAUCCUCGUAUACUCAUUGUACAUGGCGCAGCAGAAAAUGAGAAUGAGGAUUCAUAUAUUACCUAUGUUAAAGUUCCUAAACUCGGUUGUUUAGAUUGUAAGAAACUCCGAGAUAAUGAAGAUAGCACAUACUUCCGUUGGCACAUGCUGUGUUUGAAGUGCAACUUAACUAUACACACAAAGUAUUCUUCAACAGAAUCCGAUCCGAAAUUCGACCCAUAUAUAAACCUCAUAUGCCCCGAACGUCUUUUAAUAGUCUCCAAUGGUUUUAUGCAUAUGAUGCAUAUUGAAAUAAUGCCUGCUGUAAACACAACCAAUUGUCCACCACAAGGACAACAGCAACAGCAUCUGUUAUCAUCUAGUCGUAGCACACCGUGCCAUGAAUCAUCAGCUGUGUGCACAUCAAACAUGGAGCGUCGCUUACUGCCGUUGACUGCCGACGAACAAGCCAGUUGUGAUAAUCACAAUAACGUUAUCGCACGCAUUAUUGCCGACUUUAGUGAUAUCGAAACGGACUCUACGCAUUCCAGCGAAACCCCGUUACGCGCAUCACAAAGUGACGCCUCACUUACCUCACCCGGUUCGGCAGUGACAUUUAUUUCGCGUAAAACUUACGAUGAAGUGAUUUUCACCUGCAGUGGCAGCGCUUCACCCAAUGCAGGUGCCGCUUCAAGCAGCAACAAUACUAACAAUGCCAAUAAAAUGACUGAAACCACGGCGAGUGCCGCUACAACUGGCCUCAAUGGCAGUCCCGGCGGCGGUAGCGCAGCGCGUUUUAGUUUAAUUAAUCACCGCGGCAGGCGUCACCAUCGCAUCGUCACAAAAUCCUUUCGUAAUGGCGUUACAACCAUCGAUCUGCAGACAACCGCUGCAACUACCACCUCAGCCACGCCAACUGCGGCCACAAUGUCUGAUCGGCUUAACGCUUAUGAAUUCACCGAGGAUAAUGAGAAGUGUGAGAAGAUCUCCACUUUGCGCAAACGUCGUUUGGCCGAUAAAAAAUAUGAAUUUUCCGAGGACAACUCUGAGAAUAUUGUGCCGUUUACGAAAAUACGUUCGGCCAACAAAAAUCUCACUAUGUCGCAUUAUACCUCGUCUUAUGGCAAUAGUGGCGCACGUACGCUACAUCGUUCAGCCACCGCAACUGCGGCCACUGGUUCGCAUCAUUUCUAUAAUUCGCCAUGCGCUUCGCCAUCAUCAUCGCCCCGUCCGUCACACGCUUCGCCGUCAAAUUGCAACGAUGCGCGUCACUGCACACCGCCGCCCAUGCAUCGCGCUUCGCCCAUAACUUCGCUGCAGCAGGGGUUUCGUUCGCCGCCAUACACUUCACCCGUUGCUGGUGGCCACAUACGUUCACCCAGCCGUCACGUGACGCCAGCACACAUUUACGGCUCCAUUUCGCCACCGCAAACCAUCUCCACAGCCACACAGCAAAUGCUGAGCUUCAAGCCCUUGGGUACAUUAUCGCCCCUCCAAGUAUCGCUGGCCAAACGUCAUCUGGAUUUGAGCGGCGCCAUAUCGCCGAAUGCCAAUGCACCAUUCCUAUCGCCGCGCCGCGAAGAGAAUCGUGUGGUGGAGCUGCCAUUGCAAGCAAACACCACCGCAGAGAAACCGUUGUGCACGAAAAAGUUCAAGCGACGCUUCGUGGAGGAAGACGAUGCCGCCUCGGUCAUAACCAGUGAAGAGGAUGACUGUAUAUCACCUGGCUAUCACACCUCACUGCCGGUUGAAGUACAUGGCUCCUGUUAUUCGGAAAUGCAAAUGAUUUCUCAGGCCACGUACCAACAACUCAAUUGCCCCAGUGUGGUGAUAACGCAGCACUCAUUCGAUUUGGAGACCUUUACGUACUACACGAUAAGCGCUCUAUGCCAGAAAAAUGAGAAAACCUACGAUGUGUUCUAUGACUGGGCGUGUGAACUAAUAAGGGUUUGUCCGCUCAGCCAGACCAUCAUUUGCCUGCUGAUGGCACAAUUUUCUGCGCGCGAUCAGCUGCCCACUACACCAACAAAUUGCCUGAACUGUUCGCUUAAAUUGGACUGCGUUUAUCAUCGUCGGCAAUUUGAGUGCCGCAUACUCUUCACUUGGAACAUGGAGAGCGGUGAGUGGGAGGUGCUUGACUAUGGUGAGUUGCACGAGUAUAAACAAUCGGAUAUAUUGAGUCCGAUCAAACGUUGUGGCCGCAUACCGAUUACAUUGUCGCAGACGGCGAAGAAGCUUGCCAGCGAGAUGACCGCUAGUCUCAGCAAAAUUGAACAGAAUUAUGCAUGCAAUCUGCGCGUGCUCGACUCGAAUAUAAAGAAGUCCAAAUUGAGUGUUGCCGAUUUUGAUAAUGCCAUCGAGCUGUGCUUGAAGCGGCCACGCGGCAGCAAUGAUAAUGAUGAUGCUUAACAACAGCAGCGAGAACCACAUUAAAUGUGUUGUCGCUUGUGGUGAGAAGCAAACACAUAUUGCUAUAUACAAACAUACUUUGAGACUGAAUGCUGACGUCAGAUGAAAAGUGCUCUGGUAGAGUGUGAGCCAAAUGCUCAAGUCACUUAGUUGAAAAUAGUUUCAAACGUAUUAAAAGACUAUAACUAAUUACAAAAAAAAAAUGCUGUAAUUUUUUACUAUUAAUUAGACUAUUAGAUAUGAAUAUUUCAAUUUGAUUAGUAAUUUUGUGAUUCAUUAACUUUCAAUUGUUAGAAGUCGGAAACUUCCCAUUUAAUUAUUAUUUUUAGGUACGAUGAGCUUUGCUUAUUGCUCUGUGUAAAUUUGAAAAAUUAUAAUAUCCACUUGUAAAUUACUUCUUUGGUUGCAUUUGAUAAAUGUAUGUUCCAAAAUUUCUCAUAAAAGCAUAACUCUACACGCACUUGUGAAUUAUUUAUUUGUUGUAAUAUCUAAUUUUUGAAGUGUAUGUUAGUUUUUAACAUAAAACAGCUCGAAAAUGCUACUUUACGAAAAUAUCGUUUGUUUUUAUUGUAAACUUACACAUCAUAAAUGUAUUGAGUACAUGUUUUUUCCUAAUAAUACAAGCUAUUUUUGCAGCAACACCAACAGAGUGAGACAAAAAACUAAGUUUAUUUCCUAUAAAAUUCAAGCCAUUACUCCAAAUUAUCUUUAUCAAUUAUCAAAUUAAAAAAUAAAAAUAUAUCAUUUGAAUUACAAAAA